AUGGCCUCUCACUCGGUCGUAUCAAUUGGCCCACAAGACACCGGGGUGUUCUCUGUUUCGCAGAUGCCAACCUGCUCCCGCCCCGCGCUCAAUCAAAUCCUACAAGAGAACCACGACCGAUACCACCCAUUUUUCAAUGACAAGGGAUUCCACAACCACAUCACGCAUUACAUGCUCGCUGCUUAUGCACUGGGUGCAGACCCAGAGCAGCUCACCCGGGCCUGGGUUCAGGAAAAGGCCAAUCAACGCCCUCAAUUCCCCCUCAACGAAGAGAAUGUGGUCCGUCUGGAAGACAGUCAAUUCUUCCUCAGCUGUCUGGGCAAGGAAGAGCAUUACCGCGAUUAUCUUGUUUUCUUUCAGCAGCAAAUCAAGGAAAGGGGGACGGGCCCUGUGGUCAAUCAAUACGUCUUUGAUCGGACUGAAGUGUCCGAAGCUCUUUUCACUCGCCUGUUUGCAAGCUUUCUUCAUCCGAUUAUCCAUCUUGGGUACGGAAUCGAGUUCAACCAGCCAGCCAUUGUUGCAGAGGCUCUCGCACAGACUGCCAUACAUCAGAACGAGGUGGCCAUAGUCAUGAAGGGCUGCGAGGAAGCAGCCAGCAGCCGGUCCGAGCUCAAAACCAGGACGAUGAACGGGCUGCUAUCCAAGGUCCGGGACAACGAAGGCAUCCGCAACGCGGCAUGCUGGGGAGACGGAAGCUGGAUCGAAGACAACCCAUUGACCUCUGCACCGAAGGAACUGAUCGAGACAGCUGCCUGCUGGCGCGUGCAGCCGGACGAACUGUUUGAAAAGUGUGCUGAAAUGAUCAACGUCAACGCAUAUUUCUGCGGUGCAGCACAGAACCCACCCAAGGAGUACAAGAUCGAUUUCUUCUUCAUCCACAACCUCAACUGCUCGAUCUUCUUCCCGGCCUUCCUCAGCCAGAAAUGGCUGAGCCUGGAAAGCAAAGUGCGGCUGCUGGAGUGGAAGGGCCGGUUCGACAUUGUGGCCUAUGCUGCUCGGGGAUCACCGCACUUGGACAUCAAUGAAGUGAUCGAGUACCAGCCCAAGCGCCCAGGGACAGGCUGGGCCGAUCUCUUCCAGCGUGUGCACAAUUUCGACGAUGACUCGCAUGUCACCAAGUUUCUUCGCGCGCUUGCUCAUGGGAGUCGGCUCUGCCAGGGCUAUGAUAUCAGCAACAGCGAGCGGUUCCCAGUCAAGGGUGAUCUCUGGCUGCAGAUUGCACAUAUGGCCAUGGAUACCACGGAGAAGGAGCCGAUUGCGAAGCAUCGCUGGGUUAGAGGUGCCGGCUUUCCCUCUCAGUGGGAGCACUUUCACUCUCGCUACUAG